UAAAUUAAUUAAUUUUAUAAAUGACAUAAAUACCACAAACGACAUUCUUCUCUUCUUCUUCUUCAUCUCUUCGUCCACUCAAAGAGAAAACAACAAAAGCUUGGAACAACACUCCACUCUUACUCUUACUCUUACCCUUUCUGCGGGAGUUGCUAGUCUCAAUCGGAAACCACUCUUCUCUUCUAAUCUGUUGCAAAGAGGAGCUGCCACCCUUAAAGAAACAACACUAAAAAAGGCUUUCUUUUUAGGCUCUCUUCUCAAUAAUGGCAUGUGCCACCUUCAAUCUCGGCGGAGCUGCCACCCUCAGACUCAAAAACUCUUUUUUUCAAGCUCCACUCCGUUCAAUCUCCUCCCUCUCUUGUCGGACAUCUCCAAACUCUCUUCACUCCAACAACUUCAACUGCUUUACUCUUAAAUCCCACUGCUCCUUUUCUGUCAAAGCCAAGAUAACCUCAACAACAACCCCUUCUCAAGCUGAGAGAGUUGUGGUUUUGGUGAUUGGUGGAGGAGGAAGGGAACACGCGCUUUGCCACGCGUUGAAGCGGUCACCUUCAUGCGACACUGUUUUCUGUGCUCCUGGCAAUGCAGGGAUUUCCAACUCUGAUGAUGCCACUUGUAUUUCCGACCUUGAUAUCUCUGAUAGCUCGGCUGUGGUCUCAUUCUGCCAAAAGUGGAAUGUGGGACUUGUUGUGGUUGGACCUGAGGCUCCUCUAGUUGCUGGGUUAGUUAAUGAUCUGGGCAUGGCUGGAAUCCCAGCUUUUGGACCCACAAAGGAGGCUGCUGCUUUGGAGGGCUCUAAGAAUUUCAUGAAGUCUUUGUGUGAUAAGUAUGGCAUUCCCACUGCUAAGUAUCAAACAUUCACCGACCCAUCUGCUGCUAAGCAAUACAUAAAAGAGCAAGGUGCACCGAUAGUUAUCAAAGCGGACGGGCUAGCUGCAGGAAAGGGAGUUACCGUAGCCAUGACACUCGAAGAGGCAUACGAAGCUGUGGAUUCAAUGCUUGUAGAUGCGGUUUUCGGGUCAGCUGGUUGUCGUGUGAUUGUUGAGGAGUAUCUAGAAGGAGAAGAGGCAUCUUUCUUUGCUUUGGUAGAUGGAGAGAAUGCUAUCGCAUUGGAAUCUGCUCAGGACCAUAAACGAGUUGGAGAUGGUGAUACAGGGCCCAAUACUGGCGGUAUGGGGGCUUACUCACCGGCCCCUGUACUAACAAAAGAACUCGAGGAUGUCGUGAUGAAGUCUAUAAUUCUCCCCACUGUGAAAGGGAUGGCAGCUGAAGGUUGUAAGUUUGUUGGGGUAUUAUAUGCUGGUCUCAUGAUUGAGAAGAAAUCUGGCUUACCAAAACUAAUUGAAUACAAUGUUCGGUUUGGAGAUCCCGAGUGCCAGGUGCUGAUGGUUCGAUUGGAGUCCGACCUAGCACAAGCGCUGCUUGCAGCAUGUAGAGGAGAGUUAAGCGAUGGAUCACUAAGAUGGUCUCCCGGAUCAGCCAUGGUUGUGGUAAUGGCGAGCAAAGGGUACCCCGGUUCAUACCAAAAGGGAACUGUUAUAAAAAACCUCGAUGAAGCUGAGCAUGUUGCUCCAUCUGUCAAGGUGUUUCAUGCUGGAACUGCCUUAGAUUCAGAUGGAAAUUUCAUCGGUGUAGGAGGGCGUGUUCUUGGUGUCACUGCUCAAGGAAGAGAUCUAGAAGAGGCAAGGGACUUAGCAUACCAAGCUGUUGAACAGAUUAAUUGGCCGGGCGGGUUUUAUAGGCGAGAUAUCGGUUGGAGAGCUCUGCCUCAGAAACAAUUUGUAUCAAAAAACUAAACUUGUUCUAUAAAUUUAAUGGAAAAAAAAUAAUAAUAAUUAUGAGAAUAGGUGUUUUUUGAUUUCUAAUGUAUGAACUUUGAGAAAAGAGACUUGAUUUAUGGCUUAAUUUCUUCUUCUUCUUCACCUAACAAAGAAGAUGAUUUAGUUGAGUUUCAUUAAUUUAUAAUGGUCUUAACAUUUGUGUUUAA